AUGUUCCAGACAUUCAGUGGCAACUCUCGUCGUCCUCGACAAGUGAACCUCUCUGGCCAAAAUACAAAUCCAUUUGCUCAGAACUCCAGAACUCCUACCGCCUCAGGUGCCCAGAAAACAGUUGCACAAGCUCAACAAGAGAGGCUACAGCGGCAACAAGAACGCGAGCGUCUGAAUGCUUCGAAGAGGAUACAAAGAACAUGGAGGGGGCAUAAAACUAGGAAAGACCUAGCAGACUCACGGCGGCGGAUUUGGGACGAACUAGCUGCGAGCGAAGAAGUUUCCACCAGAUGGUUGAGGUUAAUUCAACAAGUGCAGCUCUUGGUGGCAUUCUUCAACCCACGACAACAAGACGAUCUAGCUAGGUUGUCAAGUCUGAAUUCUGGCAUAAACAUUUUGCAUUACGAUGCAUUUCUGCCAUGCCCUGAGAUCCAACCCCAUUUAGCGCGUCUUGCCAAAGUCACUUUGGAAGGCUUGAAAUUAUCCCAAGGAGAAAUCACAGGCGGCUUGUUCAACUUGCUUGUAUCAAUACUGAACAUUCGACCAGAUGUGAUUCCCAAAAUAUCUCGAGCAUACUACGCCCUCCUCUCCGAUUAUGUCUCAAAGGGCCAGUCUUCGAAGAUUCACAGAGAACUUUUUUUGUCUGCAAUAGAUAUACCUUUAAGGCGGCAUGUGGGUGUGGAAAACAGUGACGAGAUACUCAUGAGUUCCCAUAUUGCUUUUGCUUUUGACUUUCUCACGACUCCGGACUUGGCAAAAUUACUCAGUGGCUUUGAAGAUCUGGCUACUGGUAUCAGCGUUGAAUUUCUAUCAUCUGCACUGGUUCGGGAGCUUAUCUCGUCCUCUAUGGAUUCGAUGCAGGAUGAACAGAGGUUGUGGCUGCUUGCCCACUUCAUAUCUAUCAAUCGACUUCAACGAAGAAGCUCUCAGGAUCCCGAAUUUCUAAGAGCUUUGUCGCUGCAAUUAUCUCACUCCUCUGGGGACAUCAUUGGUCGUAUGGAUGCUCGAGACCCAGACAUUACGGAAGAACCUCUCGAUGGUGCUGAGACCGACGGUACAAUUACCCAGCCUUUACCUGCCUUUGUCAAGGAUGAGCUACUAUCUUUGGUUAACGAGCAAAGUAUCACUGGCUUGCUCGCAAAAUUCAACGUUGAUUACGUCUCGACCUCUGUCGCCGGUGGGGAAGAUGCCAGUUUGCUUGCCAGUUAUGCACUUACACUUCUCAGAAUCUUCCCGCAUAGGGGAGACGAUAUUCGACUAUGGCUGUAUCUGGGCUCUAUGAAGAUGUGGGAUGGACGUGAAGUUCCUGCACUGAAGUUUUUCUGGCAAGCCAUGAGCCAGACCAAAACUUUUUCUAUCAUCAGGGCGGACUCGAAGGGAGCACUGACAUUGCUGCGGAUACAGAUACAGCGCCAACAAGCCUCUUCAAGUGAUGCUGGAAGAGAUCGGGAAUGGCGAACCAUACUUCUCUUCCUAGAACUCUACACCUUUGUGCUAAGGUUCACAGACGACGAGGAAUUUCUGAGCGGCGAUGUUCCAGCAUUUGGGCGGACGAGUGAACCAUUUUCUCGCAUCCGCCAAAGUGCACUUCCUAUCGAAGAUGUCAAGCGACUUACGAUUUUCUUGAAGAAUCUCGCUUUCACAAUGUAUUACAAUGCUGGUGAACUAGCUGAUGAUGGUCACUCCGUUACCGAAGGAAGUAUAGGAAACUAUUUCGGUGCAAGUGCCUCAAGCUCCAGAUUCCAACUCCCAGAACCCGAGUUAGUUACCAAGAGCAUUGCGAGACGACCCUUUGCUGGAGUUGCAGGCAUGACGUUUGACUACGUGAGAACUAUUGUGGCAAGUGUUAUGCGUAUGCUCUAUGAACGAGAUUCUAGGCGACGUUUCUUGUCCAAGGAUCACUGGCUUAUGACCUCUCGGUUCGAGAUGGAAGGUUUAAUCCCAGCUGUAGUCAUGGAAGAAGAAAGACAGCAUCAAGUCCGGGAGGAAGGAGAAGACGACGAUGCAGAUGACGAAGAUUCCCAAUUUUCUCGUAGUAGAGAAUACACCGGGCUUGUUGGUAUGUCCCGGCCUCGACGUGCUCAACAAAUUGAGAACUUGCGGAGACAGCAACAGAGAACUGCCCGACAAAAGGUUCUCGCAGCAGUGGGGCCAAGACUAGAGGUUCUACAAAACAUGCCUUUCGUUAUUCCGUUUGAGACUCGGGUCCAGAUUUUCCGGCAGUUCGUUCUCCUCGAUCAGACCCGUAGAAGAGGCGGCAACGUGGAUCCUGAUAUUUGGCGUAUGUCUGUCAUCCAGCAAGCACAGAUGUCCCCGCACCACUCUCGCACAGCAGGACAUGAGCUACUUGGUCGACACCAUGCAAAGAUUAGGAGAGACCAGAUAUUUGAAGAUGCAUAUGAUCAAUUCUAUGAUCUCGGAGAGGGUCUAAAGGAGCCGAUUCAAAUAACCUUCGUCGAUCAAUUUGACACAAUCGAGGCAGGUAUUGAUGGAGGCGGUGUGACAAAGGAAUUCCUCACAAGCAUUACGCAUGGGGCCUUCCUGUCAGACGAAACCAGCCCCCGUUAUUUCAUCGCAAACGAUCAGAAUUUGUUGUAUCCGAAUCCCAGCACGUUUGAUGAACGACGAGAACUGCUCAAAGCUGCUGGGUUGAGAGAGACUUCUAUUGAAUGGAAGGAAACCAUGGCAGAUUUGGCGAAGCGUUAUGAGUUCCUCGGUAGAGUUGUGGGGAAAUGCUUAUAUGAAGGCAUUCUCGUUGAUAUUGGAUUUGCUGGAUUCUUUCUCCUCAAGUGGGCCACUUCUGGGACAGAAUCUGGCUAUCGCGCAAAUAUUAACGAUCUUCGCGAUCUGGACGAAGGACUAUACCAAGGUCUCCUGAAGCUCAAAAAUUAUCCAGGAAAUGUUGAAGACUUCUCGCUUGACUUCACUAUCACAGAUAAGAUAUCUUCCAAUGGCGAAAACGAAAACACGAUCACCAGAGAGCUCGUGCCGAACGGCGCCAACAUUAGUGUCACAAAUGAAAAUAGGCCACUAUACGUAUCUUACGUCGCUCGCCAUCGUCUACAAGUCCAGCCAUUCCGCCAAACACAAGCCUUCCUCAAAGGUCUAAGCGAGAUCAUUAACCCAACCUGGCUAUCCAUGUUCAACCAAUCUGAACUGCAGACCCUGAUCGGCGGCGACUCAUCUGAGGUCGACGUCGAGGAUCUACGACGCAACACUCAGUAUGGUGGAAUUUACCAAAUCGGCGACGAUGGCCAGGAGCACGAUACUGUAAAGCUAUUCUGGAAAGUUUUGAAAGAGCUCGACGAUGCAGAUCGCAGAAAGGUUCUGAAAUACGUUACGUCGACACCCAGAGCGCCUCUUCUGGGCUUCUCGCAGCUGAAUCCACGCUUCAGUAUUCGGGACGCUGGGAGUGAUGAGGAGAGACUACCUAGUACGAGUACAUGCGUGAACUUGUUGAAGCUGCCUAGAUAUUCUACAGAGGCCACGUUGCGGCAGAAACUGCUCUACGCGGUCAAUUCGGGUGCCGGAUUUGACCUCAGUUAG